AUGAGUGCAGAUUCAAGAAAUCCACCGCAAACAGGCGGCGAAUAUACUGGCUUCACAGGCACGGCUGAAGAGCAGGCAAGUGCAGGGGUAAAUAUAGUAGUAGACAAUUGUGAGGUUACUACAGAAACUGUGUAUUUAACUGAAGGAAAUGGCGCUCAUGCAAUGCAAGAGAUUCAUUAUCAGCAGAUAACAAGUGAACCUUUGGCCAAUAAAGAAAUAGCUAUAGAAACUUCUCUGAUAACUGAGGGUAGCAGUCAGCCAGUAAAUGAUCCCCAGUUGAUGGACCAAGUUAAGCAGAUUGAAGCUGACCCAACCAUUGUACAUCUGGGCUUGACAGACAUUGUUAAUGCAGUACAAGAGGUGUUGGCAGGGGAUCACAGUCUUCACAGACUACAAGGAGAUAGUCAUCCCGUCGAUCAACAUGGUGUUGUAACAACAGUCAGUCAAGUCGAGGGUGGAGGUGCGUCAACUGGGGCGAGUUUUACAGUCGUAGCGCAGGAAGGCAUGGUUGCAUUAAAUCAAGGUUUAACAGAUCAAAAUAAUGGAUCGAUAGAGCUACAUUCGAGUUUGGUUGUUACUCAGUCAGGUGUUGAGGAUGCAAGUCUUUUGACAAGUAUAGCAAAUGAUGGAUUGUCAGAACAAACCACUCAAUAUGUGGACAUUGGUACCCAAAAUCCCCCUCAAGAUAUGGAAAUUAGUUCAGAUUUUGGUAAUGUCAUGGUCAAUACCCUCAAUUUGUUACCAUCACCUAGAAAAGAUCCUAAAGUAUACAGUUGUAAUUUCUGUGUCAAAACAUUUUCACAACCUCACCAGCUCAUCCGCCAUGAACGCAUGCACACUGGUGAAAAACCUUAUGUUUGUGAUGUUUGUGGCAAAGGCUGUUCUCAGAAAGGUGACUUGGUUCGUCACAAACGUAAACACACAGGAGAGCGUCCGUAUCAAUGUGACCUUUGUCCAAAAGCAUAUUUUAAAUCAGCAGAUUUGAAGUAUCACAAACGGAAGCAUAUGGGAGAGAAGCCUUAUAAAUGUACAGAAUGUAACAAAGCAUUUACUGGCUUGACGACGCUGAGAUAUCACUCGCGUACGCACACUGGUGAAAAACCAUACGAAUGUGAUGUUUGUAAGAAACGAUUUACUCAGUCAAGUUCACUAAAAUUACACAAAGCAACACAUUUAUCAGAAAAACCACAUGAAUGUGACCAGUGUGAUAAGAAAUAUGCCUCGGCACCCAGUUUGAAAUGUCAUAAAGCAACACAUGUGUGUGACAAAGCAUACAAACCUGUUCAAUGUGAGAUAUGCAAUAAAACACUUUCUCAUCUCUCAAGUCUCAUCUGUCAUAGAAGAACUCAUACGGGAGAGAAACCAUUUCAAUGUGACCAGUGCCCUAAAGCAUAUUCCCAGUCCUACGACUUGAAACGGCACAUGGACACACACACUGGAAACAAGCAUUACAAAUGUGAUAUUUGUGACAAGGCAUUUUAUUGGUCAGUGAACCUUCGGGAGCAUCGGAAACAACACGAGGAAGAGAAACCAUUUAAAUGUGAUUGUUGUCCUAAGGUAUUUGCAUGGUCAAGUGCUCUAGGACAUCACAAACGACAACAUCAUAUGGGAGACCAACCGUACCGGUGUGACACUUGUGGUAGGACAUUUGCUCAAACUGGUUACCUCAAUCGGCAUAUCAAGAGCAAGCAUUCCGAACCCGAAGGAACCGAGAAUUCUGGGAAAACCAGCAGGCGUACCAGAACAAAGAGACCUGCCCGAAAAAGAAAGCUGGCUGAGCAAAGUGAUUCAGCAAAUGCAACUGAUGUACUAGGUGAAAGUGACCCAACACUAGAUCUAUCUGACCCAACCAAGGCCACAAAUGCAAUGGAUCAAAAUGAUUCGAGCAAGACUUCUGAUACUCCAGAACAAAAUGACUCUAACAAGACAACAAAUACACCAGAACUGAGUGAUUCAAACAAGUCAACUGAUACUGCAGAACAACAUGAGAUGAGCACUGUAACUGAUACACCAGAGCAAAGUGAGAUGAACAUUGUAACUGAUACACCAGAGCAAAGCGAGAUGAACAUUGUAACUGAUACACCAGAGCAAAGCGAGAUGAACAUUGUAACUACUGAUACUGCAGAGCAAAGCAAGAUGAACAUUGUAACUGAUACUGCAGAGCAAAGUGAGAUGAGUACUGCAACUGAUACACCAGAGCAAAGCAAGAUGAACAAUGUAACUGGUACUGCAGAGCAAAGCAAGAUGAACAAUGUAACUGAUAAACCAAGCACAGAGUAA